AUCAACCUACCAACCAACUGCUUAAGAAGUGAUGAUAAUUUAAUUUAGCAUCCUUGCGCCUUACUAUUUCUUUUCGUCUUCUUCCUCCUUGCACCGUAUCACCUUCUCCAAAACCCUAGCCACUGAAGCCGCCGCGUCGUACGGCGUCUCCGCCACCACAACACGGCGGCGACAACCCUCUUAGCGCUGCAACGAUCCCAACUCAGCGCCGUGUUCCGUAAAGCACGGACUCCUUUCCACCUCCUCUCCCUCCUCCUCGAGCACCACCAUUCCAAAAGAGGCUCCUUUCUCCGGGUCCACUCCCUCCUCCUCACCUCCUCCCUCCACCGCGACGCAUCCGGGAUCAAGCUUUGGAACGCCCUAAUCAGGCACUACGCUCAUGGCCCAUUCCCUCAAGAAGCCAUUUUGCUCUACAAGCAGAUGCUGGGGCUCGGCUCCUCUUCUAAUUCCAUCCCCGCUGAUACCUUCACCUUCUGUUUCCUUCUCAAAGCUUGUGCUAAUUUGUUUGAAUCCAACAAUGGUGCGCAAUUCCAUGGGGUUGUGAUCAAGAAGGGUUUCGAGUUCCAUGUCUACGUGCACACUAGUGUCGUCGGCAUGUACGUGAAAUGUGGGUCUUUGGCGGAUGCCCGUAAGGCGUUCGACGAAAUGCCAGAGAGGAAUUUGGUCGCUUGGAACGCGAUGAUCACUGGUUCUGCGGGUCGGGGCGAGGUUGGUUAUGCGAGAUUGCUGUUCGAGCGAAUGCCGAAGCACAAUGUAAUAUCGUGGACCGGUUUGAUCGACGGUUACACGCGUGCACGGGAGCCGGAGGAAGCUAUUGCUCUUUUCCGCCGCAUGAUGUUCGAAGGCGUCGAUCCGUCGGAAAUCACGGUCUUAGCCAUCGUUCCCGCGGUCUCAAACUCAGGGGGCCUUUUGAUGGGCGGGACAUUGCAUGCUUAUUGCGAAAAGAGAAGCUUUUGCAUUGUAGAUGUUCGAGUCGAGAACUCGCUCAUCGACAUGUACGCAAAGUGCGGCUCGAUAUCGAACGCCUUGAAAGUCUUCGAAACCAUGUUGGGUAGGAGGAAUUUAGUUUCAUGGACUUCAAUAAUAUCCGGGUUCGCGAUGCAUGGGAUGGCAAAGGAGGCGGUCGAACAAUUCGAGGAGAUGAGCAAAGCGAGUAUCGCGCCGAACCGCGUCACCUUCUUGAGUGUAUUGAAUGCUUGUAGCCACGGAGGGUUGGUCGACGAAGGAUUGAGCUUCUUCAAAGCCAUGGUUUACGAAUACGGUAUCGAGCCCGAGAUCAAGCAUUAUGGCUGCAUCAUUGACCUGCUGGGGAGAGCAGGGAGGCUGCGGGAAGCCGAGGAGAUGAUCGGAAAGAUGCCGAUGGAUGUCAAUGUGGUUGUGUGGAGGACAUUGUUGGGUUGUUGUUGCAAGCAUGGUGAGGUGGAGAUGGGGGAGAGGGUGAUGAAGAAGAUUGUGGGAUUGGAGAGAGGGUAUGGGGGGGAUUAUGUGGUUAUGUCUAAUAUGCUUAAUGAUGUUGGUAGGUUUAAUGAUGCUUUGAGGGUGAGGAGAAUGAUAGAUGAACUUAAUGUUGUUAAGGUUCCUGGGAUUACUCUGAUUAGUGGGAAACAAUACCUAAUUAGGAAAAUUUUAACUCACCUGCGACAAUACUCGCAUAAAACACACACACACACACACACACACACACACAAACCAUGUACUCCUCUCCCUUCCUCUCUCUCUCUCCCUCGCACCUCAACACCACCCUCUCCUCCUCCUCCUCCUCCUCCUCUUCCUCCUCCUCUUCCCAUGGAGUCCAUUAAAAAGCUCCACGCGCAUCUCAUCGUCACCGGUCUCCACCGCUACCAAUCGCUCCUCUCCAAUGUCCUCGUCCCCUACGCGCUCUCCCCGGCCAAUUUGGCCCACGCCCGCGUCCUCUUCCGCCAAAUCCAAUCCCCCACUGCUUUCCUAUGGAACACCAUGAUCAGAGCUCUAUCUCGAAGCCAAACACCCCAAGACGCGAUCUUUUUCUACGCCCGAAUGCGACAGCGAGGCCUCAAGCAAGGUAACUUCACCUUCCCCUUUGUUCUCAAAGCUUGUGCGAGAAUCAGUGGGUUUGGAGAAGGGAAAUGGGUCCAUUGUCACUGCUUGAAACUUGGGUUCGUGUCGGAUGUGUUUGUGUCGAACGCAUUGAUCCAUUUCUACGUGAUUUGCGGCGAUUUGCGUUGUGCAAGGUUGGUGUUUGAUGAAAUGCCUGUGAGGGACUUGGUUUCUUGGAACUCGUUGAUAUGUGGUUAUAGCCAAUGCAAUUGCUUGAGCGAGGUGUUGGGGCUCUUCGAAGCGAUGCGUGAUGCGGGAUUGAAAGGUGAUGAGGUUACCAUGGUGAAGGUUGUUUCGGCGUGCACUCAUUUGGGUGAGUGGGAUUUGGCGGAGUCGAUGGUUAAAUAUACAGAGGAGAAUUGUAUUGAAGUGGAUGUUUACUUGGGGAACACACUGAUAGAUUACUACGGGAGACGCGGGUUAGUGGAAUCGGCGGAGAAAGUGUUUAUGGAGAUGAAGGAAAGGAACGUCGUGACGAUGAACGCGAUGAUCACUACGUAUGCUAAAGCCGGGAAUUUGGUUUUGGCGAGGAGAAUCUUUGAUGAAAUGCCCGAGAGAGAUUUGAUCUCGUGGAGUUCGAUGAUUGCGGGGUAUUCUCAAUCGAAUUGCUUCGCUGAUGCGCUGAAACUCUUUCGACAAAUGCAGAAGGCAAGGGUAAAGCCAGAUGAAAUUGUGGUAGUUAGCGUGCUUUCUGCGUGCGCCCAUCUGGGUGCACUAGAUAUUGGCAAGUGGAUGCAUAAUUACAUCAAAAGGAACAAUAUAAAAGCCGAUAUCUACGUGGGGAACUCUCUCAUAGACAUGUAUGCGAAAGGCGGGUGCAUCAUGGAGGCGUUCGAAGUGUUUGACGAAAUGAAAGAGAAGGAUACUUUGUCAUGGAAUUCGAUUAUACUGGGGUUAGCCAAUAAUGGCUUAACUGAGAAAGCCCUAGAAGUAUUCUCCGGAAUGUUGAAAGAUGGUUUUCCGCCCAACGGUGUUACUUUCCUCGGCGUUCUAAUUGCCUGUGCUCAUGGUGGGCUAGUAAACGAGGGACUUCACUAUUUCGAGAGUAUGAGAGAAGUUCAUAAAUUGGAGCCGCAGAUGAAGCAUUAUGGAUGUGUGGUCGAUCUCCUUGGCCGGUCUGGCGAAUUGGAUAAGGCGUUCAAAUUCAUCGGAGAGAUGCCUAUGAAACCGGACCCUAUUGUUUGGAGGACAUUGCUAGGAGCUUGCAAGGUGCACGGCAAUGUCGGUCUCGCGAAGAUUGCUACCGAGAAGCUUGAUGAGUUGGAUCCGAAUAACAGCGGCAAUUAUGUGCUGUUGUUUAACACAUUUGCAGGUGCUGAUAGAUGGACUGAUGCCAUGAAAGUGAGAGAGAUGAUGGUGGAAAGUGAUGUUAGGAAGUCGCCUGGUUGUAGCUUGAUCGAAGCCGGUAACACAGGAGAGUAGUCCUUGACUACUGAAGUUGCAAGCAGUAGCAAGAUGAGCUCGGUAACGUGAACCUACUUGGCUCCUUUGUUGUUGUUAGCAUUUGACUCAACUUAAGUGCAUGUUUGGAGACAUCAUCUCUACUUGGAAAGCAGAAGCUUCAUAAAUCAAGUGUGUGGGGCUAACAAAUGCUAUGGAGCCUCCGUUGUUCCAGGAGCUACAAUUAGCUUUUGGACCCCAAGAGUGAAAAAGAGAUUCCAAAUCAUAAAGCUAUUUAUUCUGCGGUUGAACAACCGUACUCAAAUAGUACUUAUGCAGAAACUCCAGUCAAGCCAGAGUUCUUAUACAUCCUCAAGGUCAGGCAUAGUUCAUCUUCAAUUGAAACAUGAGUAAAUAUGGUACACGAGUACGAUACGAAGAGGUAUUGAUAGUUACUGCUAAUUCCAGGCUCCUUUCUCCUCGGGGGAAGUAUAGUUGUAGCUGGGAACUUGGUGAGCGUUACAGUUUACAGGAACAAACUCAGGAAUUAAACUGUUUGUAGUGAGGAUUCUCAUCUUCGGAUAUAACUUGAUCCAAAUUCUUUCUCGAUCGUGCAUGGAGAUGCAUGGAGCUAUUGCACACUAUGUUCAAAUACAAUAAACAAUCAAAAUAGUCCGUGCCCUGAA